ACAGAUCUGAUUUUAUUGGCCUCUUCGGUGGCUUGUCGGUUCAGCGAGGAUUUUUACCGAAUUUUAGCCAAGGAGAAUGCUAAAAAGAACCUUAUAAGUUCUCCUUUCUCCGUUGAGAUCAUUUUGAGUAUGGCUUACAUGGCAGCAGGGGGUAAAACGGCCCAAGAACUAAGGAAAACUUUAAAACUACCCGAGGAUAAAAACGAGCUGGCCAGCAAGUACAGGGAAUUUUUUGCAAAUCUUGAGGGGCGUGAGAAGGCAGUCAUUCUCGAUCUGGCAAACCGCAUAUAUGUGAAUGGAAAAUACCGCCUCGUGCCGGAGUUCAAUCAAGUAUUACAAAACUCAUUUAAAGCCGAUGCCAAGGCGAUCAGUGUAGAUGAUCCAGUGAAGGCGGCUUCCAUUGUCAAUAAUUGGGUAUCCAAUAAGACGCGAGGCAAGAUCGGAGAAAUGGUUUCUCCCACUGACAUGAAUUCUGAUCUGAGCGCUAUUUUGGUAAACGCAAUUUAUUUUAAAGGCCAAUGGAAACAUGAGUUCAAUGCUGACCAAACUCACACGGCUGAUUUUCAAGUGUCGGUUGAAAAAAGUGUUCCUGUCCAGAUGAUGACUUUAUCCGGUUCCUUUGGGGCAGCCUACUUGCACGACUUGGAUGCCAAGGUAAUCGAACUACCCUACAGGAACUCCAGUCUUUCAAUGCGCAUUUUUCUGCCCAAUAAAAUCGAUGGACUCAGUGAAUUAGAAGAAAAAAUUGCAGGAUUAUCCGUUCUUCUGCGGAAAAGCACAGUGAAUGUAAAAGUGCCGAAGUUUAAAAUUAAAUUUAACACACAACUAAAGGCCAUUCUUCAGAAGCUGGGCAUCCGAGAUGCUUUUAAACCUUCAGCGAACUUUGAAGGCUUAGUAAUGGGUUCUGGCAUUAAGAUGGACAAAGUCGUGCAAAAAGCAUAUUUAAAGGUCGAUGAGAAGGGUUCCAAGGCAACAGCUGCAACAGGGUCACUAAUUCGUAGAAAAAAGUCGGUUGGUCUGCCUAACCCGCUUCCUAUGGAGUUUGUUGCCGAUCAUCCUUUUGCCUAUAUAAUACGUGAUCGAAGUACUAUUUACUUUCAGGGACACAUUGUUAAACCACAGUAAAAAAGAAAGUUUUGGAUAGAACCGAUACAUUUUAAUAAUAUCAAAAUCGUUAAAACACUUUAAAAACACAAAAUAUGUAAGAGAUAAUUGCAUUGCAGAAAAAUUGAAAAUAAUAAGUUUUAGAAUUUUUGUGACGAACCCAUAAUUGUUUAUUAUAGAAAGGGUCAAAUUUUUGAUCAACAAUAGCUGAACGUUUUCUUAUUUUCGUUAUGUUAAAAACAUUUUUAAUGACCAAUUAAAUCAUUAACUGCGUGAAUAAUCCAUUUUCUCAGUUCAGUUCCCAGUUCAAGUUAAGUCGCCAGAUAGGUAAUUUUCUAAGAUCCUCUUUUCAGAACCUUUUCCUGCCAUGUGUGCUUUGUUUUCUUGUUGGGCUUAGCCUUCUUUUUUAUCCUCCAUUCGACCUCCCUGCUAAUUGGCCUUCGAUAACAACCAACAACCAAGAGAAUGUCGUACAGACAGUCGGACAACCACAGCUGUUUGACCUUUUGGCCUUUGCGGAAAAGGCAAAGACAACGACUUCGAUAAAAGUUAUAGGCGCCCAUAAAUUAAAAUGCAAAUU